AUGGCGUUCGCUAUGGACGCCGCACCUUCCUGUUCUACCGCAACGACGGAGGAGGAGGCGGGGAAGACGAUGGUGGCGCUGGGCGGCAUGCAGAACAUGGCGUGGGCCUCGGACACGUCCAAGUUCGGCUUUAAGAUGCUGGUCAAGAUGGGCUGGUCGGCGGGGAAAGGGGUGGGCAAGGAGCUGCAGGGACAGGCUUCCCACGUGAAGAUCCGACGACGUUCCGAGAAUUUGGGUGUGGGCUGCAGCCUGAAGCAGGCAGAAGUGCAGGGCUGGUCGGAGACGGUCGAGGGCUUUGCCGAUGUGCUCAAGACACUGAACAAGUCGUACGGGAACCUGUCCAACCUGGAUGCCGACAGCUCUGACGGGAGCUCAAGUAGCAGCAAGAAGAAGAACAAGAAGAGCAAGAAGGAGAGCAAGAAGGUGAAGAAGGACAAGAAGAGCAAAAAGUCGGGUGCUGAAAAGACUUGUGUCUCUCGAAAGCUGCACUACCGGAAGCGACAGACGAACAAGGACGCCAAGAACUACGGAGCUGCUGAAAUGGCGGCUAUCUUGGGCGUCGCAGCUUCUGCCUACAAGCCGAGCGUAGAGUAG